GUCAGGUCUUGUCUUAGGUUUGUUGCUGAUUCCUGUCCUGUAAGAAAAAAGGAAAAAUAGUGUGUUAUUCAAGUCCAUCUUGCAAUCAGAUUAAUGGACGCCUUUGAUCUCUACUCAGCAUUAUUAAGAAAGCUUGUAAGCGGUGGUCGAUUUGAGCAAGUGUCGAUCGAUUUAAAAGCAUGCCGCACCAAUACAGAAAUCAUCAGCUAUCGGACGUGAAAAAUGAAACUCGAGCGAAAGAAUGUCGAAAACUUGGAAACGAACUAUGUCGUUCAGGAACUAAGGAUUACAUGAAGGCGGUUAAAUGGUACAACGAAAGUAUCGCAUUGUCAAAUGAAAGCUCAGUUAAUUUGGCACUUGCUUAUGCUAGCCGUUCAAUUGUGUGUUUUGAGUUGAAGAUGUAUCACGACUGUUUGGAGAACAUACGGUUGGCCCAGCUUAAUCCAUAUCCGGCCCAUGUGUUACCGAAAUUGAUGCAAAGAAAAGAACGCUGUUUGAAGAUUAUCAAUAACAGCGAAACAUCAAAUGAUUCCGAGGAUGUUCCAAACGUACCAGUAUUGUGCUAUGAACCAAAUCCUAAGGUACCCCAAGUUUCCAACUGUUUGGAACUAAAGGAAAAUGACCAAUUUGGCCGACAUUUGGUAACGAAUAAAGACCUUCGUGCCGGAGAUUUUGUUCUAAUGGAGAAACCUUUUUUUACCAUGCUGGUAGAAAAUUUUCGAUACAAUAAUUGUGAUUAUUGUCUGAAGGAAAAAAAUCUCACUUUAAUACCAUGCAAUCACUGUUCGAGCACGAUGUUCUGCUCGGAGAUUUGCCAGCAAAAGGCAUUCGAAAGCUACCAUCGUAUAGAAUGUCCAAUCAUUAAACAUAUGCAAAAAUUAUUCACCAAAGUCAUUUUGAUGGCUCUCAGAACUACUACAGUAGCCAUAAGUAGUUUCAGUUAUAAUCUCGAAGAUUUGAUGAAACACGUUGAAGCACUCGAGGGAUCUUCCCUGAAUCCUUUCGAUUUGGAUUGGACAGACCUGCAUGCAAAACAGGUUUACAGUACGAUUCAUAUGUUAUCUACGAAUCAAGCCCUGCGAAACCCCAGUGAUUUGAUUCAACGAUCUGUUUUCAGUAUUGUCAUGAGCAAAGCACUGCUGACAAAUACUUCGUUGAGAGACAUUUGUGGAAGCAAUGAGUCUUACCGUAAUCUCAUACAACAGCUCAUUUUUCGUCAUGCACAAACUUCUCCUAUAAACAUGCAUCCAAUAACGUACGUAAACCCUAGUUUGGGCGAAACUGUUCGAUUCGCGGGUGGCGCAUUUCCAAUUCUAAGUAUGGUUAAUCAUUCCUGUGCUCCCAAUGUUUUACGUAUGACGCUUUCGAACGGUCAAACGGCUCUUGUAGUUGACCGACCAAUUAAAAAAGGCGGCCAAUUAUUCGACGAUUAUGGCUUUCACCACUGCAACAAAACGUUGAUCGAGCGACGAACUGGUCUUAAGAAUAGAUAUUUCUUUACGUGCCAAUGUGAAGCAUGCACAAAUAACUAUCCUCUUUAUUAUCAAUUGAAAUCUGAUAAGUCACUUUCACAUGAAAAGGCAUUUAUAGAUAAGUAUUGUAUUCCUAGAAUGUGCUCGUGUAUAGCACUGAUGAGAAUUCCUAAAUACUGCAAAUUUAUUAAUGAUUUUGCUCAUUUGUACCCUACCAGGGAAAUAUCGUCUGCUCAAGAAGAACUGGAAAAAUGCCUGCAGAUGAUUUAUUGUGCUCAAUCACAAGCACAAGAAGAUGAAAAUAAUGUUUUGCAUAUAACUACAAACUGCUUAAUGAGUUUAACCGACUGCGUAUAGAAAAUUUUCAUCAAUUCUGUCUACAUGUAAAUGAAUUUGAAUUGAACUUGCCUACCAGCAAAUGAAC